AUGAUUUCUAUAACAAAUUUAGAUGAAUAUGAAUUAAGAAUUGUUGAUUUUGAUUGGUCUGGGAGAGAUUCUAAUGUAAAAUAUCCAUUAUUGAUUAAUUCUGAAGUAUCAUGGCAUCAAGGUGUGACUGGUGGAGCACCAAUUAAAAAAGAACAUGAUAUCCAACUUUUAAAAAAUGGUUUUAAGUCUCUUGGUUUUGAAAUAUUGGAUUAA